AUGUCUGCGAAGAGUAAGGUUGAUGACGGAUUCGUUCGCUUCUGUCCAGAGGAUCCCACAUGCGAGCUGUCAUUCAAGGGUACAGACCUUUCCAAAAUUCCGGCGACCGCAGACACGCUGGUGAGUGAUGGGAUUGGCCUCCAAGUCUUUCUCAAAGCUGGCAAAGAUACCCAGAAGCUGCCAAAUAAAUCAGUGGGUGAACGGACUGACCCAUCUAUCAUGAGUUAUGGUCGCGCUCUUGAGAUGUUCGGUGUGCCAGAUGGGCCUGGGAAAGACCGGCGCCAAGCGAGUAAGCCAAGUACAGAGCCUGUGGUAAGGGAGAUGCUGGCGCAGGUCGAUGUCACGAAAACAACAUCAGAAGCCGAGAAGCAAGAGGAAACAACCGAGUACGAUUACCGAAGCCUGUGCGAUUGGCAAUAUCCAACCACUCCGUUGUUGUCAGAAGACCAACAAUGGGCUCUUUUCGGCAGCAAGAAGCAUAUGGCAGAUGCGGCUAUCCUUGCUGGUCAAUAUACUAAGCUAGUGGCCGAAAAAGAGAAUCCUACCAAGACUACAACAAAUAGUGGAUGGCCACCAGUUGAACAACUCGAUUGGGCGGGAUUCACAAACUGGGUAUACCGCUGCAAACAGGUGGACAAAAAGUUCGGAAAAGAGACUCUCCCGUCUUGGAACAAGGAACGAGAGCAACGCCGAGCCACGAUAGUACCCCAACUCAAGGCAUGGGUGCCUCCACCAGGAUUCGAUGACGGUUCGUCGAGCCACCAGUCCCCGGAACAAUUCUACACCGGCCCACCUCGUUGCGUCCUCGAUGCAAAGAAACUUGGCUUGAACCUGCAAAUCGCCAAACGCUAG